CAAAUGCGGCAUGACAGUUCGUCGCUAUAUAGUGAUAGUGUCACGACUGCCAAACUUGAAAUCAUAAUGUCCAACUAGCUCUUGGAUCAAGUUCAGCCCAAACGCACAGGUUUCCUGAAAAAGGCCCAAUUUCAGCCUAUGCGAGCGUAUCUUUAUCAAGAGUGGCCUAAACUCAAGACUUCUAAAUCUCGAUCUCGUCGCCAAACACAAGGACCAGGCAAACUUGAACAAGCAAAAUAUCAAGCAUUCUGAAGGAAAAGGCAAAUCGAUUGUCAUUGAAUCGGAACAGGAUUGAUUUGGUUGAUUCUCGUCGGUAGGGUUCCUAAAAUCAAGAAGAUAAUAAGAUGGGGGAGAAAAACAAGUAUAGUAUAAUAAUCCCAACUUACAACGAGCGCCUCAACAUUGCUCUCAUCGUUUACCUCAUCUUUAAGCAUCUCCGGGAUGUUGACUUUGAAAUUAUUGUUGUGGAUGAUGGGAGUCCCGAUGGUACUCAAGAAGUUGUUAAGCAGUUACAGCAACUUUACGGUGAAGAUCGUGUUUUGUUAAGGCCUAGACCCGAGAAGCUUGGUUUAGGAACUGCUUACAUUCAUGGUUUAAAGCAUGCAUCUGGAAACUUUGUUGUGAUCAUGGAUGCGGAUCUAUCUCACCAUCCAAAGUACUUGCCUAGCUUUAUCGAGAAACAGUCGGAGACUGGUGCCAGUAUAGUCACUGGAACCCGGUAUGUUACAGGUGGCGGUGUACAUGGGUGGAACCUUAUGCGCAAGCUAACAAGUAGGGGAGCGAAUGUUCUUGCACAAACGCUGCUGUGGCCUGGUGUAUCUGAUCUGACAGGGUCUUUCCGGCUUUAUAAGAAAUCAGUGCUUGAAGAUAUCAUAAGCUCCGUUGUGAGUAAAGGAUACGUCUUUCAAAUGGAGAUGAUUGUUCGGGCUUCCAGAAAAGGCUACCAUAUUGAGGAGGUUCCAAUUACUUUUAUCGAUAGAGUUUUUGGAAGUUCAAAGCUCGGAGGGUCUGAGAUUGUUGAAUAUCUGAAAGGCCUUGCAUAUCUUCUGGUCACAACAUGAGAGGGCAACGCCAAUGAAAACAAACCAUUGUUAUACACUUCUUUGACCUUUUCAUUUGAACCUUGUAUAAAGUUGCAAGUUUUUCUAAUCAAUUAGUGUAUUUAGUCAUCUUCAUCUUUCUAUUUCCUAUGAUAGUUAUUCCAUUAUUUUCUACGGGACUGGCUUUUGUUAUUUAAUGAUUUACAGAUAUAUUGAGUGUUGGUUUUUUUUGUCUGAA